AUGGCGGACAUCAUAGGAGAGGCUCGAGACACCUCUGCCUCCCGUUACUUAAUCGCGGAUCUGGAGGAUUUAGAGUCCUCCAGCGGAGACAGUCUAGUCCCGUACCGGCAUUCGAGCAAAGUUUUCUCCGGCGCGGAGGUCUCCAAUUUGUACAGUUCUGCUCCCGAUGCGUUGGGCGGCUUCCGCAGGCCGCGGGGCCUGCUUGACGACGACCCCGUUGGGCUCCACGGCCAGGCGCUGUCGCCGGUUAGGGACAGCUCCGGCGUCGGCCGGCGCGCGGCUCCUCAAAUGUCUCCAGCGGACUUGAAGGCCCAGGUGCGGCUGCGGAACAUGUAUGGCAAGCCCAUGCGACCCGACGACAUCCUCGUCACGCGGAUCCUGACGGGGGAGAAAAGUUACUGGGAAGCCUUGGACGAGCUGAGGAACCUGUGUGCGACGCUCACCGUGGAGAAUGAGAAGCUGAAGACAAACAACGCCAAGGCGACGACGCGGGCGCUGGAGCUCGAGCAGAAGAGUCGCGCGGAGGUUCGAAGGCUACAGACUCUGCAGCGAGUGACGCAAGACGAGCUGGAAAUGAAGGUGCAAGACUUGACUGCAGAGAAUUCGCGCCUCCGGCAAGCGCGAGAUGCAGAGCGGACGCUGAAGGAGCAGCGGAGUCAGCUGCAGAAGCAGUUGGACCGGUUUCGAAUGGAAAGCGAAGAGAAAGGGAAACUUGCCGUCCAGCGAGGGCGCGAGCUCCAGCUCCUCAGGGAGGAGGCGCGCCGCAGCACGGAGGCGGCUGAGGCCAUGAAGGCGCGAGCGGAGAGCCUCCAAGCGAAGCUCGCUGAAGCGAUCUCUCAGAAGAAUCUCCUCUUGAUUCGCGUGAAGAAAGACAUACGAGACAUCCAGGAUUCGGCUCAACAAGCGCGAGAAGCAGUGCUGGUUGAGAAGGCGCGAAGCGAGCAACAGGCCGCCGAAGUCGAGAAGCACGCUCAGAUGCAGAUUCAGAUCCACGAGCGCAAGAUUCGAGACCUGCAGCAGACCGUCGCGUCGGAAGAGAGCCAGGGGGAGUACUACCGGCGGAAGUUUGAGGACGCCUCCAAGCAGCUCGCGAAGCUCAAGACGCAGAUCGACAGCGCGCAGAAUCGAACGGAGACAGAUUUGGCUCUCCGGGAACGCAAAGUCCAGGAGCUCAACGAAAGCCUCAACAAUGCGCAGAAGGCUCGCGACCGCAGUGCGCAGGAACUCAACGCCCUGCGCUCCAAAUUCAACACUCUCCGAGGAGAACUCGAGCGCGCGGAGCAGAAGCGAAAUCACGCUGAACAAGAGGCGAUUCGAGCCAAGGCCCAAGUUGAGUCUCUGGAGAUGGCGCGCAACACGUUGGAAGGCAAGACGAGCGAGAUUCAGUUGGAACGGUCGGGGCUUCUGGAGAAGCUGCAGCUCGCCGAGCGCGAGGUCGCGGAGCUGCGCGAGGAGAAGGCCAAAAUCAAGUCUUCGCUCGACCUAGCUUAUCAGAAGGAGCAGUUUCGCCUCAUGGAGGAAAACAGCCGCCUGGGGACGGAUCUCAAGGUCUGCCAGCAGCAGCUGGAGUCGCUGACUCGCCAGAAGGAGCAGCUCCAGACGGAGUCCGAGCGUCUGCGCGGCUCCGAGGAGGAACUCAGAGACAUGCAAGUCGACUUUCUGAAAAUGAAGACGACUCUGCAGCUCGUUCAGGGUCGACCCUGCGAGACUUCGAAACUCGUCGCAGAGGGCGUUGUUCAAGUUCUUCGGGCCUACUCGGAGCUCAAGAAAUCGACUGAAGCUCAAGAGCAGUCGAUGGCCUCCCUGUCUCAGAAAAAUCAGGCGCUGAACCAGAAGGUGAACGAAGCUGCGACGCUGGCGCGUGAGAUCCACACGCUGGAGUCCGAGAAUCGAUCGCUGAGUGACCAUAUCGCCGCACUGACGAGCGAGCUGAGGAAGGUUGGCGACCAGCAGACGGCUUUGCAGCUCGAGAAGGAGGCGCAGGACGAGGCGCAUCGCCAGCAGUUCGAUCGCCUGCAGCGAGAGGCUGAGCUGCGUCGCCGCGACAUGGAGAAUCAGCUGGAGCACGCGCGUGAGAGGCACCGCGAGGAGAGCUCGAAGCUCUUGGGCGAGUUGGAUCGCUGCAGAAAGUUUCUCGAGGCGGAGAAAAAGAGGUGCAUCGACCUGCAGUCCAAGCUAGACGAGACAGAAAUGGAGGCCAGACGCCACGCGGAAGACCUCGAGAAGCGCCACCAGGAGCAGCUGCGCGACCGCAAGGCGCAGCUCGACGCGCUGAGCACAGAGCGGGACGAGGCCGUGGAGGAGAUGAAGGCGGAAAUCGAGAAGCUGCGGAAGACAAACGACGAAGCUCUGAAGGCCGCCACGGCUGAGAAAGACCGAGCGAUCGCGGAGAUCGAGAGCCGGCACCAGCAGACGCUGGACAACAUGCGAACACAGCAGGAGCAGCAGACCACGACGCAGCACCACCAGAGACAGGAGCUGCAGCAGCGCCUCCAGCAGAUGGAGCUUUCUUUCCAGGACACGGAGGCGAGUUUGCGGCGCGAGCUCGAGGCGAAGAACGCAGACCUGCGGGCGCUGCAGAGCAAGAAAGACAGCCUGGAGCGCGAGCUGAGCGCUGCGAAGGAGCGGCUUGAGGAAGAGCAUCGCAGCGCGGACAGGAACUUCGAGAAACUCAAGCGCGACAAGCAAACCGAAGUCGAGAGACUCCAGCGAGAACUGGACGAGCUCAAGAGCAGGGCAGCCGACGAGGCCAGCGACGCAGCCGAGAAGGUGAAGGCCGCCGAGAGCGAGCUCAAGAACACGCGCGACCAGCUGAAGGCGACCAAGACGACGGUGGAAGAGAAGGAUGGUCUGCUGGAAACCGCGAAAGCCAAGUACGCAGACCUGGCGAACAAACACAAUGAGCUGGUUCAGAAGUACAACGACCUCGUAGACGAAAGCAAGCAGCUGAAGAAGGACCUCAAUGACGCCGCAGAGGAGAGGGAGGCUCACGAGAAGCAAAUCAGGAAGCUCAUGGACACCCAGGCCCUCGAGCAACAGGAACUUGCGGCCGUCAAGCAAAAAGAAAAAGACGCAGCUGCAGCUGGAGACAGACUCAACGCGGAACUUGACAAACUGAAAGCCGACCACCGGGCUGCCGAGCUCAAACUAAAGAAAGACAUCGAUGCACUCACCACAGACAAAGAGGCUCUUGAGGCCAAGCUGAGCCAAGUCCAGCGCAUGAGCGGCGAGGACGCGGACUCAAAGAAUCGACGGCUGGAGCAGCUGACUCGCGAAAAAGCGGAUCUCGAGAAGGUUCGCGAGCGCCUGGAAGAGGAGAAAGCGACGUUGGAGCAGCAGCAGCGAACGGCGGCUAGUGAAGCGAAAACGAAACAAGAAGAACUCGAACACAAGGUCUCGCAGCUCAACAAGCACGUCCAGAGCCUCCAAAAAGAACUCCAAGAAGCGCGAAGCGCCGCGAGCGCCGCAGGGGCGCGGCCAAAGGCCGCCCCCGCCGCCAACGCGCCACCUCCAGGCGCGCCGCAGCAGACCGCCCCGCCAGCUGCAGCGCCUGAGGAACCUCCUGCGGAAGGCGGAUUAUUCUCGUGGUUCGGCGGAGGCGCAGCGGAGCCUCCGCCUGCGGAAGAGCCCGCAGCAGCGGCUGGAGAAGCCGCGGCUCCAGAGAGCCAGCAGGAGGAAUCCUCGGGCUGGGGGUGGUGGUAA